AUUAUCAAAAGACCUUCCUAGUUUCACCAUUACUGUGACAUUCUAGGCUAGAGAAAAUGAUGAAACUGUACAGUCUACCCUCAAGUUUACAUAUAGUGAGAAAUACCCAGAUGAAACCCCCCUUUAUGAAAUAUUCUCCCAGGAAAAUCUAGAAGAUAAUGAUGUCAUAAGCAUCUUAAAAUUAUAAGCAUUACAGCAGAAGAAAACCUUGGUAUGGUGAUGACCUUUACUUUGGUAACAGCCGUCCAAGAAAAAUUAAAUGAAAUAGUGGAUCAAAUAAAAACUAGAAGAGAAGAAAAAAAAAAGAAGAAAAAAGAAAAAGAAGCAGAAGAAGCCGAAAAGCAAUUAUUGAUAUUUCAUGGCACUCCUGUUACAAUUGAGAAUUUCUUUAGUUGGAAAGCCAAAUUUGAUGCAAAACUCUUGGAAAUUAAAAAGAAACGAAUGAAAGAAGAAGAACAAGCAGGAAAAAAUAAAUUAAGUGGGAAACAGCUAUUUGAAACAGAUCAUAAUCUUGACACAUCUGAUAUCCAGUUCUUGGAGGAUGCUGGAAACAAUGUGGAGGUAGAUGAGUCUUUGUUCCAGGAAAUGGAUGACUUGGAGCUGGAGGAUGACGAGGAUGAUCCAGACUAUCGAUACAAUCCUGCUGACGCGGAGAGCGACUUGACCGAUUGAUGGACCAUCCCCGUCUGCAGAGGCUUGACUGCCGGGGGUAGCAUCUGUGGCUAGGCCGGGAGGGUGUUGAUUUUCCUGCCUUUUUUUCUAAGAAAAAAAAUUUUUUUUCAGGAGAAUAUUCUUCUGAAAGCUUUCAUCAAUGAACUAAUAAACUGACCUUAAAAUUUCAAAUAAAAAAA